AUGUUAAACCUAGACCAGACAAUAGAACAUAUCAAGCAAUGCAAACUAAUACCAGAAUCAGACGUUGAGGAAAUAUGCACCCAGCUAAUUGACAUUCUAAUAGAAGAAUCAAACAUUCAACAUAUUAACACUCCCGUCACCAUAUGUGGUGAUAUCCAUGGACAACUUCAUGACUUAAUCACUAUAUUCACCAUAGGAGGUGGUUUACCCGAGACGCAAUAUGUGUUUCUUGGAGAUUUUGUCGACCGUGGGUUCAAUUCAUUAGAAUCGUUGUUGUUGCUCAUGACUUACAAGUUGAAAUACCCGGCUAAAAUUACGUUAAUACGAGGCAAUCAUGAAUCACGACAAAUCACCACCGUAUAUGGGUUCUACGAUGAGUGUUUGAGAAAAUACGGGUCAGUUAAUGUAUGGAGGUAUUGUUGUGACGUAUUUGAUUAUCUAAGUCUAGGAGCCGUAAUCAAUGGUCCAAGCGGCAGUAGUAAUGGAGACGGCGUCUUUUGUGUUCAUGGUGGACUAAGUCCCGAGAUCGAUUCCAUAGAUCAAAUACGCAUCCUCGAUCGAAAACAAGAAGUGCCUCACGAGGGGGGGAUGUGUGAUUUGUUAUGGAGCGACCCAGACGAAGAUGUCAAAGGCUGGAGUAUAUCGCCACGAGGGGCCGGGUUCUUGUUUGGCGAAUCAGAGGUUGAUAAGUUUCUCCAUUUGAAUAAAGUUGGCUUGAUUGCUCGAGCUCAUCAGUUGGUGAUGGAGGGGUACAGAGAGAUGUUUGAUCUGAAGUUAGUUACUGUUUGGUCGGCCCCUAAUUAUUGUUAUCGGUGUGGAAAUGUUGCAAGUGUGUUGAAAAUUGAUGAUGAUUUGAACAGAGAGUAUAAGGUGUUUGAAGCUGUUGAUUAUAAUGGUGAAGAUGAUGAAGAUGAAGAGGGGGAUGAGAGGUGGAGAAAUGGAGGUGUAAGUGCCUUGAGUAAGAAACCGGUUGUUGAGUAUUUCUUGUAG